UAUAGCUACUCCUUAGACAGCCCCCAAGCAACCAAAAUGGUAGCAACCCAAGUCACCGGCAAAUGGACCAAGGUCCUCGACGCCGAGAGUCUUCAACGGUCCUCCCAAGUCCUCGCUGUUGUCGAUAACAUGGCCCACGUAUUUGGAGGAGAGCUACGACCCCGCGAACCCCGCGAUAAUGAUGUCCAUACCAUCGCCCUGAAUGGCACAAAUCCAACAUCAACCAUUGCCAGACCAUCAACAUCACAGGUCCCCUCCCCGCGAGUAGGAUCUGCCUCCACAACCCUAGGCAAGAAGAUCUACCUCUUCUCCGGCCGCGGCGGCGCCGCCAUGGCCCCCAUCGACGAAGCCGGCGCAGUCUGGGAAUUCAACCCCCAGACCUCAGCCUGGAGACUCAUCACCUACCACUGCAUGACCAGCGACGGCACCGACACGCUCUACCUGCACGCAGGCUGCCCGGAAACCGGCCGUCUUUCCGACCUCUGGGCCUUCCGUCUCUCAACCCGGGAAUGGACGGCGCUGGCGUCUGCGCCGGAUCCGCCUCGCGGGGGUACCUCGAUUGCGUUUGCUGACGGCGCACUGUACCGGAUGAAUGGAUUCGAUGGGAAGAACGAGCAAGGCGGCAGUGUGGAUGUGUAUUCUCCAGAAGCGAACGCCUGGUCGUCGUAUCGGUUUGUUGCAGAUGGGGUGAGUGGGCCUGAGGCGCGGAGCGUCAGCGCGCUGCUUCCUGUGCGGAUUGGGGUCGGGGACCCUAGUGCUUUGGGUCAUCAGGGGGCGGGGAAGAUGCUGGGUGAUGUGUGGGUGUUUGAUAUGGAGGAGAGGUCAUGGAGGAGGGUAGAUGCGCAGGGUGCUGAGGCGCCGUGUGCUCGUGGGUGGUUUGCUGCUGAUGUGCUCGGUGAGAAUGCGAUUGUUGUGCAGGGAGGAUUGGAUGAGUCGAAUGGGAGGCUGGGUGAUGUUUGGAUUCUCUCGUUCUAGCAUGUCUACAGAAUACCGUAUGUGUACAUAGGAUCCGGGCUCUCUCGGAACACCUGUACAGUGAUGUGACGGGAUUGAUUGAGUCUAGUACCAUUUAAUUUAAGAAUACACGUGGAUGAAGA